AGAGAUUCGGCAGUACAAUAAUAACCAUAAAUGGGGGAAAAACCUCUUUCCGCUAAGGUCGAACAAAUUGUGCAUAUGGUGGGAGGAACUGGAGAGACAAGCUAUGCUAAAAACUCCAUUGUUCAAGCAAAGGUAAUUUUGAAAGCAAAGCCAAUAGUAGAAGAAGCUAUAAGAGAAGUCUACAGAACUCUUUUCCCCAUGAAAUUUGUAGCAGCUGACUUGGGUUGCUCGUCGGGCCCAAACACAUUUUUGGUGAUCUCUGAGAUCAUUAGCGUUAUCCAUGACCUUAGUCGACGGUUAGAUAUCAGCCAUGAAUCAGAAAUACAAAUAUUUUUGAAUGAUCUGCCUGGAAAUGAUUUCAACAAUAUCUUUCGUUCAUUGGUGGAUUAUAAGAAGCAAAUUAAGGAGGACAAGGGGGAGAACGUUGUGCCAUUUUAUGUCGCUGGAUCCCCAGGAUCAUUCUACACUCGGCUUUUUCCUUCUAAGAGCGUUCAUUUCUUUCACUCUUCUUAUAGUCAAAUGUGGCUUUCACAGGUGCCAAGAAUGGUUGAUGAUGAAAGCACUUUUGAUGAACUGAAGAAGGAAAAUUUGUACUCGGAACAAUUCAAAGAGGAUUUUUCAACCUUCCUUAAAUUAAGAUCCAAAGAACUAAUUUUUGGAGGAAGAAUGGUGCUAACAAUUGCAGGAAGAGUAAAUAAUUCAGAGUAUAAAGAUUCGUUCUAUAUGUUGGGGCUUUUAAGACUGGCAUUAAAUGAUAUGAUUUCUGAGGAUUUCAGCCAUCUAGGAUUUCUCCGGGAUGAGCAUGUUUAA